UCAUGCUGCUGCCAGGUCCAGAGUGUCUCAUGGGUCCCUGUACGGCCUCCCAUUGCUGCUGUCUCCAUCGCCACACUCUGCCAUGUGCCACUUUCAGGUCUCCUCACACUGCUGGUGGGUUCCAUUUUGUCAUAGGGUGCUGGCAGAUUACGGGCCUCCCAUUGCUGCUGCCAGGCCCGUAAUCUGCCAUGGGCCCCUGUACCGCCUCCUCAUGCUGCUGCCAGGUCCAGAGUGUCUCAUGGGUCCCUGUACGGCCUCCCAUUGCUGCUGUCUCCAUCGCCACACUCUGCCAUGUGCC